GAAGACACGGCAACUAUAACCGAAGACCAUCCGUACUUUUGUAUAUGUUCUUGUUCCAUUAGAGACAUUUGACUUGCGGUACCAUCGCAGUGAACCUCGUACUUGACGAUACAGUGACUUGAGUGUUGUGUGGUGGCACUUGUGAGAGUUCAACGGCUGGCUUUCUUGUUAAGGACUUUCCUAUUCUAAUAUAUUGUUCAAGAUGACGCGACACAGUAUAGUCUUAGGCCUGAUUCUAGUCGUAAUUAAUUGUAAUGGAAUUUUAGGAAGAAUAGCCUUCGAGAAACUCACAGACUUCGACUACAGAGGGAACACAUACUACACAGUCAAGAACCUCAGCCUGUACGAAUGUCAGGGUUGGUGUCGGGAGGAACCCGACUGUCAAGCAGCGGCGUUCAGCUUCGUGCUGAAUCCGUUGAUCCCGGUCCAGGAGACCCUGUGCCAACUGCAAAACGAAACGUCUGCCAACAAUCCAUCAGCGGCGCCCCAGAGGUCGGUAAACAUGUACUACAUGACCAAGAUGCAGCUGAGGUCGGAAAACGUGUGCCUGAGGCCGUGGUCUUUCGAAAGGGUGCCCAACAAGAUGAUCAGGGGCUUGGACAACGCCUUGAUUUACACUUCCACGAAAGAAGCCUGUUUGGCGGCUUGUUUGAAUGAGCAUCGCUUCACGUGCCGUUCAGUAGAAUACAACUACGUAACUCUACAAUGUCAACUGAGUGACACCGACCGCAGAACAACCGGCCAGUUCGUACAAUUCGUUGACGCACAAGGAGUUGAUUACUUCGAGAAUUUAUGUCUGAAGGGUAACCAGGCUUGUAAAGGAAAUCGUGUCUUCCAAACCCCAAGAAUCGGAGUCGCUGAUGACAAGGUUGCCCAAUAUGCCGGACUUCACUACUACACCGACAAGGAAUUGCAAGUUACAAGCGAGGCCGCUUGCAGAUUGGCCUGCGAAAUAGAAAACGAAUUUUUGUGCAGAUCCUUCCUCUACAAAGGUACACCACAGGGCUCCCAAUACAACUGUCAACUCUUCCACUUGGAUCACAAGACUCUUCCCGACGGACCCAGCACAUAUUUAAACGCAGACAGACCACUCAUUGAUAACGGAGAAAGGAUUGGAAGCUAUUUCGAAAAUACUUGUGAAAAAUCAACUGCGGCUUCUUCACCGUCUGGUGCUCCAUCUGAUAAUACACUGCCCGUCGUGUUCGAAGCCACUGAAGAUCCUACAUUGAACAACUUAUCACGAACAGACGUAAACUGCGACAAAACAGGAACAUGCUACGACGUGUCCGUAAACUGUAAGGAUACAAGGAUCGCGGUCCAAGUCAGAACCAACAAGCCUUUCAACGGAAGAAUUUAUGCCCUGGGUCGAUCCGAGACUUGCAACGUCGACGUUAUCAACAGCGAUCUGUUCAGGCUCGAUCUGACCAUGACUGGACAGGACUGCAACACUCAGUCGGUGACCGGCGUCUACAGCAACACAGUCGUUCUGCAGCAUCACAGCGUUGUUAUGACCAAAGCAGAUAAAAUCUACAAAGUGAAGUGUACAUACGAUAUGUCGUCAAAGAACAUCACAUUCGGAAUGAUGCCAAUUAGAGAUCCUGAGAUGAUUAGUAUCACAUCCGCUCCUGAAGCACCACCACCAAGGAUCCGCAUCUUGGACAGCCGUCAAAGAGAAGUCGAAACUGUUCGUAUUGGAGACAAACUCACUUUCAGGAUCGAAAUUCCAGAAGACACUCCUUAUGGCAUUUUCGCGAGAAGCUGCGUUGCUAUGGCCAAGGACUCGAAGAGCACUUUCCAAAUCAUCGACGACGAAGGUUGUCCAGUUGAUCCCAGCAUUUUCCCAGCCUUCACUCCAGAUGGUAACGCAUUGCAAUCAAUUUAUGAAGCAUUCAGAUUUACCGAGUCAUAUGGUGUGAUCUUCCAAUGUAACGUCAAGUACUGUCUUGGACCUUGUGAACCAGCCGUUUGUGAAUGGGGCCGUGAUUCAAUUGAAUCAUGGGGCAGAAGGAAGAGAAGCAUCAACAACGUAACCGAUGAAGAGAAAGAAGAAGACAUGACCCUGAGUCAAGAAAUUCUCGUUUUGGACUUCGGCGAUGAAAAACAAUCAGACUAUUUGAAGAGCGAUCUGUCAAGUGCAGACUUUGGAAAAGAUAAAACCGUGACUAUUAUCGAGCCAUGUCCGACAAAAACAUCAGUGCUCGCCUUAGGAGUAACAUGUGCCUUAUUAGUUCUCCUCUACAUCAGCACCCUGUUCUGCUAUUACAUGAAGAAGUGGCUUAAUCCAGGAAAACACAUUGCCUGAACAUGAAUCAAAUAUGAAAUAGACACUCUGGUGCUUUAAUUAUUAGAAUAUUUCCCAGUAUUUAUGUAUAAGUACGAAUGUAUGUGCGACAACGCGCUUGAUCUUUCUGUUGAGUUGAGGCGAAGUUCCAAGCCAUUAACUCGAGAAGAAACAUCAUUAAAUCGGGAUAUUCCCAAAAACAAAUGACGCAAUAACUUAGAAAUAAGUAACUGAAUUUUCGGGUAGGUGGCGGCCUUUGGUGGCGGGAAAGCUUUCAUCUGUGACAUAAUAGGAAUCACUAAAUAUGAAUUUUACCGUUACAAAAAAUACUGUACUCUUUGAUCUCUUUUAACACGAAACGUGGCAAACAUUUCCUUUAACGCACUGACUUUUGUUCCUGGAACAAAUUUUGUACCGGUAAGAUGAUUGGUCUGUAUCUUUAGUGAUAUUCUUAUAGAUUAUUUAUUUUAUUUAUUUGUUUAAAUGAGUUUUGUGUAAAUAACUAAAUUUAAGAAAACUAUUUAUACUAUUUUAUAUUAAACAAUUAAUGCCUUAAAUAAUAAUUUUAAAUAAAUAUUAAU